AUGGCUGCAGCUACUUCAACAAAAUUUACAGUUAUUUGGUUAGAUUCAUUAGUUAAUGCAAAUGAAGAAAAUCUUGCUACACAACAAAAACUAUUUAAUAAUUUUCAUCAUGUUAAUAUAUUUGAAGAUGGAGAUGAAUGUCAACGAUUUAUUGAAUCAGAACCAGAUAAAUCAAUCUUACUUAUUAUUAGUGGUCGAUUGAGUCGACAACUUAUACCUGCCAUUGAUCAACUUAAACAAAUGAGAUGUAUUUAUAUUUAUUGUAUGAAUAAAACUUAUCAUGAAGAAUGGGCCAGAGGAUUUGAUAAAGUUAAAGCAAUUGUCACUAAACUAGAUGAAUUAAUUGCUCAGAUCAAAUCGGAUAUAUCGAUAUUGAAAAAGACGGCAGAAUCAAUGAAAGUCAAAGAUCAUACUUCAACAAGUACUCGUGCGAGUUCAACAGUAGUUAAACCAGUAAUCAAAACAAAUAAUGUAACAACUUCAACUUCUCAAGCAUCUGAAAUGGCUGUAUCAGUCAAGAAAACCUCAUGUGCACUUGAUGGAUUCGAAAAAGAAUCGAUUUUAUCUCUUGAAGAAGCUACUGCACCUCUUGCUGAAAUUGUUGCUGAUAUCGAUCAAAUGGUUUGGAUAGUUAAACAGAAUAGUCAAAAUCCAGAACAGGGUUUAUCUUCUGAUGAAUCAGCUUCGAUAGCUCUCUAUACUAUGGAAUGGUAUCCAAAAGAAAAUUCUUUCUUUUACAUUCUUAAUGAAGCUCUACGUUCGGAAAAUAGACAACAAAUGAAACCAUGGUUUCGUUAUUUGAAACUUGUCUUUCAAGCACUUUCAAAACUAAAAACAGUUUCAAAUAUUGUUUAUCAUGGAACAAAUACAGAUAUUUCUAAAGAUUAUCCAAAAGGAAAAAUAUUUGUUAAUUGGGAAUUUUUAAAUUGUACACCAUCUAUUAAUACACUUGAAAGUGAAGAACAUUUUGGUAAAGAAGGUCAACGAACUCUCUUUACUAUUGAUUGUCGUUCAGGUACAGAUAUAAGUCGACAUGCAUUUGAUCAAGCAAAAAGUCAAGUUCUGUUUUUUCCUGGUUGUCAAUUUCAAGUUGUUUCGUGUCUUAGUCCUUCUCAUGGAUUAAAUAUUAUUCAAUUAGAAGAAAUGAAAUCACCUUAUUCUUUUAAAUAA